CGCGACCCGAAACGGAAUGGCUCCGGCAUGGCCGCUCCCUGAUCUCAUCCUAGCCGGAUAGCGCCGUCCUUAUCCCACCAAGUCCUACGGGUUAUAUUUGUUUGUUUGUUGGUCGAUCAGUCCACUUCGGCGCUACCUGCUCCCCCUCCCCGAUCCGUCUGAUUCCUCCCCUCCCGGCUCGCGUCGCCUGACGUCGUGCCCGGAGCAGCAGGGGAUUUCCGUGGGUGCCGACGAGGCGGACCGGUCGCCGGCAGCCAUGGUCGGGCGGAGCUCCCUCCCGGAUGGCGCCCUCUUCCUCGGACUGGACAGCUCCACUCAGUGAGUCCUCCUUAUCCCUUUUCUUGCGUCUUUUCUUCAGUUGCUUUUGGCUGUUUGGACGCGGGGUCUUCUGUAACUUGUUCGUGCGAACCGGAUGUUGAUCCUCGUUCUGGUCGAUGGGCAUGAUGCGGGCGAUCGAGGAGGUGUGAGGUUGAAUUGCAACUGCCUUUUGUGGAAGAGAAAUGUUGGUCUGUGAAAGCUACUGUGCUCAGCAAUGAGUUAAUAAUAGUCGCUUCUGAAACUGUUAAUUUUGACUCCGAGUUACCGCACUACAAAACCGAGGGUGGGGUCUACAGAGAUCCUACAGAUGACGGCCGUAUAUAUUCACCAACCAUAAUGUGGGUGGAGGCCUUGGAACUGCUUCUUGAGAAACUAAAACCAAAGAUCAACUUCAGUAAGGUUGUGGCCGUUUCAGGGAGUGGGCAACAGCACGGCAGCGUUUAUUGGAAGAAGGGUAGUCAAGCUGUGCUGUCUUCCCUGGAUCCUGGUAAGAGCUUGGUAUCUCAGCUUAAGGAUGCCUUUUCUACCAUGGACUCGCCAAUAUGGAUGGACAGUAGCACCACCAAGCAAUGCAGAGAAAUAGAAAAUGCUGUCGGAGGAGCAUUGGAGUUAUCUGAGCUGACAGGGUCUCGUGCCUAUGAGAGAUUCACCGGGCCCCAGAUACGGAAGAUCUACCAAACAGCACCCCAUAUUUAUGAAAAUACCGAGAGAAUAUCUUUGGUGAGCUCAUUCAUGGCAUCUAUCCUUGCUGGAUGCUAUGCAAGUAUUGAUGAAACUGAUGGUGCUGGGAUGAACUUGAUGGAUAUAAACCAGAGGACCUGGUCAAAAGCUGUUUUAGAGGCAACUGCUCCUGAUCUUGAACAGAAGCUGGGAAAUCUGGCACCGGCAUAUGCAGCUGCAGGUCGGAUUUCUUCAUAUUUUGUAGAAAGGCAUCAGUUUGACAAGAACUGUUUGGUUAUUCAGUGGUCAGGUGACAAUCCCAAUAGCCUUGCAGGUUUAACACUGAAUACACCUGGCGAUCUUGCAAUCAGCCUUGGUACUAGUGACACAGUUUUUGGGAUUACUGCCGAAGCUAAACCAAGCCUUGAAGGCCAUGUUUUCCCCAACCCUGUUGAACCGGAUGGUUACAUGGUGAUGCUAUGUUACAAAAAUGGCUCAUUGACCCGGGAAGAUGUGCGGAAUCAGUGCGCAGAAAAAUCGUGGGAUGUUUUCAACAACUAUCUAGAGAAAACACCCCCUCUGAAUGGUGGGAAGUUAGGAUUCUACUACAAAGACCAUGAGAUCCUGCCUCCUCUUCCUGUUGGUUUCCACCGAUACAUUGUCGAGAAUUUCAAUGACGCCUCAUCUAAUAAUCUGAAGGAGCAUGAGGUGCAAGAAUUUGAUCCACAAUCUGAGGUCCGUGCCAUCGUCGAGGGUCAGAUGUUGUCCAUGAGAGGGCAUGCCGAGCGGUUUGGCAUGCCCAACCCACCAAAGCGGAUCAUAGCAACUGGUGGGGCAUCCUCCAAUGAGAGCAUCCUCAAGUUGAUCGCGCAAAUCUUUGGCUGCCCUGUCUUCACAGUUGAGAGACCUGAUUCGGCCUCGCUGGGUGCAGCUCUGAGAGCCGCCCACGGGUGGCUGUGCAAGGAGGAAGGAGGUUUUGUUCCCAUCUCCCGGAUGUACACGGGCAACCUGGAGAAGACCUCGCUGGGCGCAAAGCUGGCGGUCCCGGCGCCGGGGGAGGAGGGCAGGGAGCUCCUGAAGAAGUACACGGUGCUCAUGAAGAAGAGGAUGGAGAUCGAGAGACGCCUGGUGGAGAAGAUCGGGCGUGCGUAGAUAUACUAUAGGACAUUUCAUAUGGCACUGGGGCCAUAUGAGCAUAGGGAUUAUAUAGGAAAUAUAAUAAAGUCAUUGUAUCAACUGUUGACGCUAGCUGGUGUCGUGCGCGUCAGCCGUGAAGAAUGUGCCGCGGUCCUGUGAACGAAUAAUUUGUGAUGCAUUCGUUAUGAAAAACUGUCACAUGUUUCUACA